GGAGGCAGCGCCGGGGGGGACGUGGGCGGCGGCGGCGGCGGAGGCCGGGUCCGCAUCGACAAGAUGAGCCCGGAGGUGGUGGAUUCCAACCCGUACAGUCGCCUGAUGGCAUUGAAACGAAUGGGAAUUGUGAAGGAUUAUGAGAAAAUCCGCACCUUUGCUGUAGCAGUAGUAGGUGUUGGUGGAGUUGGUAGUGUUACUGCUGAAAUGCUAACAAGAUGUGGCAUUGGUAAGCUGUUACUAUUUGAUUAUGACAAAGUGGAACUGGCCAACAUGAAUAGACUUUUCUUCCAGCCCCAUCAAGCAGGAUUAAGCAAAGUUCAAGCGGCAGAACAUACUUUACGGAAUAUUAAUCCUGAUGUUCAUUUUGAAGUAUAUAAUUAUAAUAUCACCACAGUGGACAACUUUCAACAUUUCAUGGAUAGAAUAAGUAAUGGCGGCUUGGAAAGCGGGAAACCUGUUGACCUAGUUCUGAGCUGUGUGGACAACUUUGAAGCUCGAAUGGCAAUUAAUACAGCUUGUAAUGAACUUGGGCAAACAUGGAUGGAAUCUGGGGUCAGUGAAAACGCAGUCUCAGGGCACAUACAACUUAUCAUUCCUGGGGAGUCUGCUUGUUUUGCGUGUGCUCCUCCACUGGUAGUAGCUGAGAAUAUUGAUGAAAAGACACUAAAAAGAGAAGGAGUUUGUGCAGCUAGUCUUCCCACUACCAUGGGAGUGGUUGCUGGAAUUCUUGUACAAAAUGUGUUAAAGUUUCUGUUAAAUUUUGGUACUGUGAGUUUUUACCUGGGUUAUAAUGCAAUGCAAGAUUUCUUUCCCACCAUGUCCAUGAAGCCAAAUCCUCAGUGUGAUGACAGAAACUGCAGGAAGCAACAGGAGGAAUAUAAGAAAAAAAUUGCAGCUCUACCCAAACAAGAGGUUGUUGAACAAGAAGAAGAAGAAAUACUUCAUGAGGACAAUGAUUGGGGUAUCGAGUUAGUGUCUGAGAUUUCAGAAGAGGAGCUCAAAGAUGCUUCUGGUCCUCUUCCUGACUUGCCUGAAGGCAUUACAGUGGCAUACACAGUUCCAAAAAAGGCAGAAGAUGCCCUGCCUGGGGGGGAAUCAGUGGAAGAUUCUGGGGAGAGUUUGGAAGAACUUAUGGCCAAGAUGAAGAACAUGUAGUGUUGUUUCACCUUCUGCCUUCUGGAGAAACUGAAGAAAUAAACUUUAGAAGCGUUGGGAAUUCCUGCAUUGCUAGUAAAGCAUACAGUGGCUUCAUUUGAUAUGUAGUCUUUAUUGGUACUGUAUCUUCCUUUUUGAAAUGAAGAGUACCUUGAUUUGAUUUCUUUUGUUCAUCCGAAGAGUCCUCAGACUGUGAAGAAGGAGCUGUAAGAGACUGAGACAUUUUUUUUCAGAUCUAGCCACUGAGAUAUUAGUCUUUAGGCCCCAAAUAAGAAGGUCAAGGUAAAUAAAAAAAAUAAAAGAAACCCAUACUACCUUAAGGUUUAGAGGCCAGUUACAGUUAAGAUUAAGGAGUUGUCUUUGUUGCACCUUGAUAGCAUAUGACCUAAAAUAUUGAAAUGGGAAAUAAAUUUUUUGAAAUUUAAAAAUAUUAGUAUAUGAUGUUGAAAUAAAGACAAUGAUCAGUAUAAACCAGGUGGUGGUUCUUAGGAAAGCUACAAGGAAAGUUGGAGAGAAAUUAGCAUUUAACCAAUGCUGUAUCUGAUGGGACAUGAAUAUCUGGUCACUAAGAAGGCAAACUGUAUGCUAGCUAAGGUUAUGUCAUAUCCUGGAUGAGUUCUUGCAAGAUGAUUCCCUAUUCUGUCUAAACAUACAUUUAGCAGCCUUCUGAAUAUUUUUCACCUUUAAUAUUUUACUUUUAUUUCUUAGAUACCUAGAUACUAGGAAAAAGAAGCACUGGAUAAUCUCUGUAUAGCCUCUGUGUUAAUUUGACUUUGUAGUUGGGCAUUGUGAUUUAGUUAUCUUAGAUCCUAGAUGAGUUGAAUAUUGAAAUUUCAGACUUGCACAGCUUAGACACAAAAAACCUUUAAUUGUGAUCGCAUCAGGAGGGAUGCUCAACUGGAAAUUGCUUAUUGUUUUUACCCAUUACAACAGUCCUAUUCACAAAUGUCAGUUUUUAAUGGACUAGUCAGACACAGAUGAAACAGACCAAUAAUGGCCUGGUUGAAAGAAAUGGUUUUUUUUAAAACAAAUAAUAUAGUUAUUAUUUAUUAAUAUACUAUUGCUAUAUUGUUUCCAUUGCUGUUUAAAUCAUGUUUUUUAAAUGUAAAUACAGCUUUCCUUCUAAUACUCUAAUGAAAGCAGUAUUUUUAACUUUUUGGCUUUGAAAAAAUAUCCAUAUCCAAACUGAGUCUAGUGAAAGAAAAUUCUGAUAAUUUACUGAUUAAGAACAUGUCACAUAUAAAGUGCAAAAAGCUUAAAAACCGCAGUAAAUUUUUUCAGAAAGAUAAACCUCCUGUCUAGCGUCGUGACGGUUUAUCUUUUGAUGUUCCAAGGCUGUCUUGGUGAUUAUCAUCAUAUAAUAGUGAAGGGAGGAAAACUGGGACACUGUACUGUCUUUCCUGGGGUACUUCGUUCUGUACCUCACCUUAUUGCAAACAGUCUCCUUUAGUUCAUAGGAAUAUUAUGAGAAUCAGGUAAUCUCUGUGAAAUGUUUAUUUCCUUGGAAAUUACUGCAUUGACAUUGUAAGGUUUUACUUACUUAUUUUUAAAAUAUGAACUCUGAUGUGAUACAUGUGUUCUGAAAGUAGAAAUAUAAUUGGUUAACAAUGUUUAAUAUAGGCUUUUUAUGUACUGUAUUACUCUUACUAUAUUUUGUGUGGACUUGUGAUUUCAUUACUGGAUAGAUUUCUCAGUGUGGAAGCUUCCUUUCACCAUUGAAGAUGGUGAUCUGUAACACUGGUCUGUAACUCAGUCUUAGCCAUGUGGGAAAACUGAGAGGUUAAGAUUUGUUUAUGGUCAUACUGUUAUUAUGUGUCUAAAGCAGGCCUUGAACCCAGGUCAUCCUGACUUUACCGUAUUGCCUCUCAGUACUUUAUUGCAUAAAGUUUCUGCAAAUUAGAAAAAAAAAAGGGGUUAAUAUAUUAUUACACUUUAUUCAAACAAAUUUUGAUUAGAAAUAUCAUCUGAGGAGUUGUGCUAUCUCUUAAAAAAAAAACCUUAAGAAUUGAAACUGACUUUCCCCAUCAUCAUUUUCCAGUUUGUUAUAAAUGUGCAUUUAUUUAUAUAGUUCCUAAAACUAUAUAAAUAAAUGCACAUUUACAGUAUCACAAUUAAUAAAUACAAACAAUAUGAAAUAAAAUUUGAAAUAAUCAUAAAAUCAAAACCAUUUAAAUAUUAGAUACUAAACCUUGUGUCUCACUUUAAUAUUAAUAUUAAUUGUCGAUCCACCAAAUUGUAAGAAAUAAAGUUUAAGCACUUACAUAA